UUGAUGUUGCCCUGGGACCUGUUCUAGUUCCAAGGGCUUGCUUUAUUUUAUUCCGUUAGAGACAUCGCGUUAUUACGCGCAUCCUCUUACACAGAAAGCCUUAGCAACUAACCUCGGCUACUUGCUGCUUAGGUUUAAGUUAGUGCGCAGUUGGUGUCAGCAGCUCAACAGCACGCAGACCGCGGCUUGUGGUCCUUAUUUGUCUAAUAGAGAACUAGCCAGCUUAGAAGCGAGCCUAGAAGCUCCACUGCCUUCACAUAGACAUCCCUCUGAGCACAGCACCGAUCGCCAUGUCUGAGCGCAGCAACGUCUCGGCGUCUGGCCCGAGGGCCAAUCCGCUCUACGGCGGACCAGCCAACCCCAGCGCGGGGAACCGCACCCCCUCAUGGGCGCGCAAGUCCGGCGCAGGCGGACCAUCCAGCCGCCCUUCCUUCUCCGACGCCGCCUCCUCCCCCCCUGACUCCCCCGCUCGUUCCGCCAGGAGCAACAACGGCCCCUCGUACUACGCCCCGCAUUACGAACACCCCGGCUAUACCGUCGAAACGCCCGGCGCUAACGAUGCCAUGUUGGGGCAAUCCCCGUUCCGCGCGCCCCCGUACUACGUGCAGACGCCCGCGCACUCGGAGCGCCCGGGCUCCCCCAUGUCGUCGGUCCCCGACUCCCCCGCGCACACCAUGUCGUACGACAUGCGCAGCGUGCGCUCGGGGAAACCUGGCUCGUCGCGCGUGUAUGGCGCGCCGGCGCGCGCGGCCGUUGUGCCGCUGUCGUCGCGGAUCAACGAGGAGGUCGACGAGGAGGAACAGCUGUACGAGCCGCCCGCGAAGGAGGAGUCGGGCGGGCGGUCGAAGCGCAGCAAGCGGUUCUGGCGGGUCUGCAUGGUGGUGGGGAUCCUCGCGCUGGUCCUCGCAGCCGUUGCGACGGGCAUCGCGCUUUAUUACGUGUUCCAGCCUGAUGCGCCCACGUACACCUUCGAUUAUGCGACGCUCAACGAGUUCCAGAUCGUCAACAAGCUCGCUGACGGAACCGGUCUGCCGACGGAUCAGCUUUUCGCCAACGUUACUUUCGUCUUCUCGGCGAUCAACCCGAACGACAAGUACACGUUACAGGGCGACGGCGGCCUGCUGCAAGUCGGCUACAGCUCCAUUCCCACUCUCAUGCAAGGAGGGCUUCCCUACUUCGCUCUCAGCUCUAAGAACUUCACAAAUUUCACGUCGUCAGUGGGUGUAGCCAUGUACCCGUUAUACGGCGUGGGUCCGGGGCUGCGUCAGGACAUCAUGGCUGAGUACAUCAGCAUGAGCAUUCGCGCAGAGGUGAAUUCGCGUAUCGAGAUGGCAUGGAAGAUCGUGCAGACUCGUUACACGCACGUGAUGGACUGCAGUGUAGCUUUCAACCCCGUCAAUCUGCAGUAUCUGAAUGAUACGUGCGUGUUCAAGAGAAAAUGAGCUAGGAGUUUUGGGGAGUUAGGGAAUAACUAGUAGCAUGGUGCUGUGGCAGCAAUUACAGGGGUUAUGGGGGUCACGGUUGCCAAGCUCUCUGCUUAUUCUUUAGAUAACUAGGUUAUAGUCUGGUCUGUACUUCCUGCCGUGAACAUCACCCCUUGGUUUGGGGUGCCAAAUGGUUCUUGACAAGUGUGCCAAAUGUCCCUGAACUGCCUUGGCUUUCCUACCCGU